GUGUAUACAUGUGUCCUUACGCCUGGUAUCGACACGUGGUACAUAUACCAUACAGUACCCUUUAUCACUGUAGCAUAUCAACGUUCAGCAUUGUCACCCGUGCAUGCUGCCUUACAGUGAAACUGCUGUCUUGAUCUGAAACAAUGGACAAUAACAACGAAGCUACUAAACCCAAAGUGGUGUUGCAAGAGAAAGGGGAAGUUAUCAAACCCAUGAUUCCUGAAGGUGUUGUUGAAGAACUUGUACGUAAAAUAUAUGGGCUAGAUGUAGUCAGCUAUAAGGAACUGAAUAGCUAUGACGACAAGAACUAUCACGUGACUGUAACUGACCGAUCAAGUAAUCCUCAUAUACCGGAAGUGUGGACACAUGGAUAUAUUUUGAAGAUACUGAACAGCAUGGACUCUAAACGUCCAGUUAUCGUUGAGGCACAGAACAGUCUCCUUAGCCAUCUUCGGGAACGAAACAUGUCUGUGCCAGAAACCGUCCUCACGAUUUCUGGCGAGUUGAUGUCUCUCGAAAAGGUGUUUGCGGAGAAAGACCCAAAAGAUCCGGACACCGCCCCAUAUGGAACAUACAUUGUGCGCUUGUUGAAGUUUAUCCCCGGCGACAUACUUUUCAACAAACCCUGUACUCCUGGGUUAUUGUACAAUGUGGGCAAAUUCAUGGGGAAAUUUUUGAACGCAACGAAGGGCUUUCACCAUUCCUUUUACGACACUCAUUCCCUGUUGUGGAGUCUGCUGGAAUUUUCGAAGCUUAAAGAAUUCGUAUUUGUGGUGAAAGAUGAAAAUGACAAACGUGUGGUUGACGAGAUCAUAUCUGCGUUUGAAUCAGAUGUUCUUCCCAGAUGUGAUCAAUUGCAGAAAGGUGUGAUACAUGGGGACCUCAACGAGCAAAACAUCCUCGUCGUAGAAGUUCCAGGUCAGGAUGACGUCACUCCGGAAUCACGCGUUUAUGACGUCAGUGGACUACUGGAUUUCAUGGAUGUGACAGAUUCCUACUGCGUAUUUGACGUAGCUAUCAAUAUCGCGUACAUGUCAUUUACUUGCGAGCCUUCGGAACAACUCGACGCUGGUGGUCACAUAUUAGCUGGCAUGGUACCGGUCUUCCCUUUCAAUGACGUGGAGUUGGAUGCCUUACAGAUAUCGGUGUGUGCUCGAUUGUGCCAGUCGUUAGUGUUGGGAGCCUACGCUAACUACCAGGACCCGUCCAACUCGUACGUACUUACCACAGCCGCGAAAGGCUGGCCGCUCUUACACAAACUGUGGAAUACACCCAAACAGGUCUUGAAAGAUAGGUGGCAGCAUAUUAUGGACCAAUACAAGAACCCAUCUUAGGACAUUCGAUUGCCCACAAGAGGUUAUGGUUAGUUUUGUCAACAAAAUAGGUUUACGUUGCUAUUUUUGCACUUUUUGUUGUCAUAUUUAUGGUCUAAAUCAAAAUAAUAUUAAACAUUAAUAAUCAUUUUAAGCUCAAUUAAAUUUGAAAGGACAUAUCAUUUAUUCCACAAUCAGCACAGAAAAUACAUGAUAUACUCAUCGGGAAAAGAAUGAAUUUGUCCAUUAAAAAUUUAUAUUUCUACUUUAUUGUUUUGCAAUGUUGAUGGGUUUCGUUAUAUUUAUAUAAUUUCGUAAUGGUUCAAAUACUUCAAAUAACAGCCAUAAUUUGAAUUAAGAAUACAGAUGAAGAAUAAGUCAGCGAGUUUUUGCGUUUUAACAAUUUUCUAACUCAUAUAUAUACAGUGGAGCCUCGAUAAUCCAGUCAUCUUUGUUACCAUCAAUCGUGGCACUGAUGAAUCAGUUAGAAAAUUAAGUUUGAAAAAACGAUAUGUCCCAUAACCCCUUGCUGAUAUUGAAUACGCAAAAGUUGAUUGACUGUCGUAUAAGCAACCAUAUAUGUUGUAUAAUAAUUAUUACCCAGCCAUGACAUACAUUGUAUCAAAUUGUUCAUCGAAUUGGUACUGUGAUGCGCCAUACAGAGAUGGUCGCUAAGCAUAUAAAUAUAUAUAAGUGGAGGGAUUGUACGUUCAGUGCACGAGCAUGUAACAUUAUAGAAGGAGGAUUGCACAUACAGAUGUAUGUUAAGGAGGCACGGUAGUCUAGUGGUAGGUUGCGGGUUCGUGUCACGGCAUGGCACGGUACGGCACGGCACUUUACGUUUUGUAUCUUUGAGCAAGAUACUUUACUCCGAUCGUUUAAGUCUACUCAGCUGUUAAUGAGUACGUGGUUGGGCAG